UCUUCCCCAAACGCCCACUCCCACUUUCACUUUCCUUUCUCUUUUUCAUUCAUCAAACCCAAAAAAAUGGCUAAAACCGCCAUUCUCCUCUGCAUUGUAUCUCUGAUUUCAACAAUGUGGCCGGCCGCCGCCAGAAUUCCCGGCGUCUACUCCGGUGGCCCAUGGGAGAGUGCCCACGCCACGUUCUACGGCGGCUCCGACGCCUCCGGCACAAUGGGUGGAGCUUGUGGAUAUGGGAAUUUGUACAGCCAAGGGUACGGAGUGAACACGGCGGCGUUGAGUACGGCGUUGUUCAACAAUGGGCUGAGCUGCGGUGCUUGUUUUGAGAUUAAAUGUGCGAAUGAUCCGAGAUGGUGCCAUUCCGGCAGUCCAUCGAUUGUUAUUACGGCCACUAAUUUCUGUCCGCCGAACUUUGCUUUGCCCAGUGAUAAUGGCGGAUGGUGUAAUCCUCCUCGUCCGCAUUUCGAUUUGGCUAUGCCUAUGUUUCUUAAGAUAGCCGAGUAUCGCGCCGGAAUAGUUCCCGUCGCGUACCGCCGAGUGGCGUGCCGGAAGCAAGGGGGGAUCCGGUUCACAAUCCACGGGUUCAGAUACUUCAACUUGGUUUUAAUCACCAACGUCGCGGGUGCAGGAGAUAUCGUGAAGGUGAGCGUGAAAGGCACGCGCACCGGUUGGCUGAGCAUGAGCCGUAACUGGGGUCAAAACUGGCAGUCAAACGCCGUGUUGGUGGGCCAGGCCUUGUCUUUUAGAGUCACAGGCAGUGACAGACGGACUUCCACCUCCUUCAACGUGGCGCCCUCUGAUUGGCAGUUUGGUCAGACCUUCACCGGCAAGAAUUUUAGGGUUUAGAACCCGAAUAAUUUCGCUGACAGACCAAUCAAAAUCAGGAGAGAAGUUUGAGAUUUGACGUGGCGUCACGUGAUUGGAUCAUUUCAGGGGUAACUGUUUUUGACUGAAGUAAAUAUUUGAUGAGGAAGAAAGAAAAGGGCUGAGGUGGCUGAACAAAAGUGUGGCCCACAGUCCUACAUUAUAAUAUCAUAUUAUAUUUUAUAAUAUAAUGUUUGUUGUUGUUGUUAUUAUUAUUAUUAUUAUUAUUAUUAUUAUUAAUGUGUUAGCAUU